UCCUCUCCUCCUCCUCUCUCGCCUCCUCCUCCUUCCUUCCUGCUCUUGGGCCCUUCUCCUGCUCUCUAGGAGCACGGCCCCUGCGCUCCUCUGCCGAAGGAUCGCCCGAGCACGCCGAGGGGAUCUUGUUUCAAUCCGACGUUGCUGGUGGCUGUGAUGAGACGACUUGCCUUUGCGAUUGCCAUGCAACCAGCGAUGGUCUCUUUUCCGGCGGCUCCAACUUGCUCGCCAUGGUUUCAUGCCCGAAGACAAUGAGAACUCAUUGCAACCAUUGCAACAUGCAUCAAACGCACAAGGUGUCACAGUACAAGGCUGGCGCAGCUUCUCUUGUAGCGCAGGGAAAGCGAAGGUACGAUCGCAAGAUGCAAGGGUUCGGAGGACAGAAGAAACCAAUCUUCCACAAGAAGGCCAAGGUGACCAAGAAAGUGACCUUGAGGUUAACGUGUGGCGAGUGCCGUCGGACAAUGAUGAGAUGCAUCGGCAGAUCGAAACAAUUCAUUCUUGGGGAGGACACCGGCAAGAAGUCUGACUACUAAUGUUCUCAACCUCGUCCUCGUCCUCCGCAGUCUCCUCAGCCUGGGAGGCAUGGAUGGCGAUCUCUUUGCAGAAACAAGUCGACUUCCAAGAGGAACGAAAGUUUCAUCCUCCUCGAUGGAGGAGUAUCCUGCGCCUUCAGCGGGAGAUGUACUAUAGCGAUGCAUGUCUGCCUGCGAAACCUCUCUUGUAGCUAAUGCUGUUCGA